AGAAUAAUUUCCCCACCAAAACAAAAACCCCAAUUCUCUCCUAUCCCCCUGACUCGGCGCUGACUCGCCGCCGAUUGAGUUGACUCAUCCGUGUAGAGUAUCCAUGGCUGCUUCGGAGGAGAAGCAAAUCGAAGACGAAAUGUCGUACCCGAUUCUGCUGGCGGAGCGGGUCCGCUCCGCCGUGGACGACGCCGAGUCGUUCAAGUCCGAAUGCUCCGAGGUCGGCAAGCAAGUCGACCGCCUCUCCCAAAUGCUCCGCACAGUCGUCAGAUUCUCAACCACCACCCCCUUCCUCUACGAGCGCCCCAUCCGCCGCAUAAUCAGCGAGGUCCGCAAAAAUCUCGAACGCGCCUUAACUCUCGUCCGCAAGUGCAAGCGCCAGAGCGUCCUACGACGCGUCGUUACCAUCACCAGCGCCGCCGACUUCCGCAAGCUCUCCGCCUUUCUAGACUCUUCUCUCGGCGACAUGAAGUGGCUGCUGAGCAUAUUCGACCCGGACUCCGCCACCAACGGAAUCGUCCUCUCUCUGCCGCCGAUCGCCAGCAACGACCCCAUUCUGGCGUGGGUCUGGUCCUUCCUCGCCUCCGUCCAAAUGGGCCAGCUGGCGGAUCGGGUCGAGGCCGCGGUGGAGCUCGCUUCAUUAGCGCAGGACAAUGACCGGAACAAGAAAAUCAUAGUGGAGGAAGGCGGGGUCUUCCCGCUGCUGAAGCUUUUGAAGGAGGAGUCCUCGCCGGAGGCGCAGGUGGCGGCGGCGACGGCGCUGUAUAAUCUGGCGGGUGAUCAGGAGAAGGUUAGGGCCAUUGUGGAUGAGGAUGGGGUGGUGAUCAUUGUGCAGGUGUUGCGCGACGCGCCGAUGAGGGUUCAGACCAGGGCGGCGAGCCUGGUGGCGAGGAUGGCUCAGCACGACAGUGUUGCGCAGGAUGAGUUUGCGAGGGUCAAUGUGAUUAGGCCACUGGUGACAUUGUUGUCGUUCGAGUCGUUUUUGGAGGAGCCGAAGCUGCUUGAGGCAGGUAAGCAGAGCAUUCACUCUGUGGUUAAGAUUAAUAAGGAGAUGGAGAAGGUGUCAUUAGGGAGUAAGCCUACUGUUAGUAGUGCUGAUAGUAUUCAACGGCGGACUUAUACUAAUUCGUUUUCGAGUGCUUCGUAUACGUAUUCGGAGGGGAGUAGUCGAGGGGGUCAUAAUCAUAGGAAGGAUAGGGAGAAUGAGCAGCCUAUUGUUAAGCUUCAGAUGAAGAUUAGUUGUGCUGAGGCUUUGUGGAUGCUUGCUAGAGGUAGUAUAUCUAAUAGUAGGAGGAUAACCGAGACAAAAGGUUUGCUUUGUUUGGCUAAAUUGGUGGAGAAGGAACAGGGGGAGUUGCAAUACAAUUGUUUGAUGACUAUGAUGGAGAUAGCAGACGCCGCUGAAACAAAUGCUGACCUUAGACGAGCGGCUUUCAAGACGAAUUCACCGGCAGCCAAGGCAGUUGUGGAUCAACUCAUAAGGCUGGUGAAGGAGGUGAAUAGCCCUACAUUGCAAAUUCCUGCUGUAAAAGCAAUUGGCUCAUUGGCUAGGACGUUCCCUGCUAGAGAGACCUGGGUUAUCGAACCACUAGUGACUCAGCUUGGUAAUAAGGAUAUAGAUGUGGCAACAGAAGCAGCAAUUGCACUAGGAAAAUUUGCUUGCCCGGAGAAUUUUCUUCGUAUUGAGCAUUCAAAGACAAUAGUUGAGUUCAAUGCUGUUCCUCCUUUAAUGAGACUGCUGAGAGGCAAUGAAAAUUCACAGUUGCAUGGUCUGCUUCUCCUUUGCUAUCUUGCAUUGCAUGCUGACAACACUGAUGCUUUGGAACCAACUAGGGUGCUGACUGCUCUCGAAGGAGCAGACCGUGCUGUCAACCCUCAACAUCCCGAGUUAAGAGAGCUGGUGCAGAAGGCAAUAUAUCACCUCAAUCUGUAUCACUCUGGAGGUCAUUCUCAGAGGUUCGCAUAUGUGCCAUGACUUCAUAGUCGCAAGGAUGCACAAUGUUUUUGUUAAAGUAUCUGCUGUGCAGUAGUAGAAUCAGGUUGAAACUUUUCAUUAGUGGAAGAAAAACAGGGCUAGAAGAAACAUAGAUGAUGCUAUAAAAGAGAAUAUUUAACCAAAUUAAUGUUUGUUUUGCAAAGCUUUGGUGCUUGGUAUGAUCAUCAACUCAUCAUUGAUUAUGACUGAGUUGCGUGCUUUCUCUUGCUGAGCUAUUUCCUUCAGCAUUGUUGUGAAGCGAUGUGUGGGGUGAUAUAUUCUCAAACAGUUGUUUUUGUGGUCGACCUGUAGUAAGGUUUAUGUGUUCUCCAAAAUGUGAAGGAUAUGUUUAAUGCAUCGGAACCAGUAGUAUACAUAUUUCAUUUUCUCCAGGAAUGAGUGGUAUGGCAAUA